AGCAACAUUUGGUCAUCUGCUACAGGCGGAACCAAGUGAACAACGGUUUUACCCAAAAUGUCCCGUGUGAUAGUUUGGGGAGCUUUGCUCCUCAGCUGCCAAUGGCAGUACGCUAGGGCAGCCUCAGAAAUAUUCCGCAAUGCUGGUUUCGAGGGAGCUUUAGGCACCGAUAACUGGUACUGCGUCGGAUGUACCGGUACGCAGCACUCGGACGAUAAGGUGGAGGGGACAGGCAGCAUGAAGGCGAGCGGGAGAACAGCAGAAUGGGCCGGCCCGUCCUACAACCUGCCUUACGGCCGUGGCGUCCUCCCCGGUCAGACGUACGAGUUCCAGAUCUUCGUCAAACUGCUGGCAGGAGGGGCGGCUCAUGUCGAGGUCAAGAUCAAUCUGGCAAUUACCUUCUCUGAUGGAGAUGUGAACUAUCAGCAAAUGAAGCAGGCCGACCACAUUAGUCAAAGUCACGGUUGGCAGAGGAUCGCCACCAGAUGGACUGUACCGUAUUUUGACAAGGAGGUGACAGAAAUGCGGCUGUACGUUGAGGGUCCACCUGCUAGUACUGACAUUCUUGUGGACGCAGCCUCGCUGACAUCAGCUGAAGGGCAGUCAAGCCUGGUAGAAGACCUACAGACAGUCUCUGGUUCUGAGAUGGUGACCAAUCCCGGACUGGAGGGUGACCUGAGCGGCUGGUACUGCAUGUCGUGUACAGGUGUGCAUUACACACAGGACACACAUGAUGGAGGAGGGGCUAUGCUGGCGCAGGACAGAUCUGCAGAAUGGGCGGGUCCAUCUCAGGACCUAGCCUGGGGGUCCGCCAUCAAGAGCAGAUAUACCUACAUGUUCACCAUGUGGGUCAAAGUGCUCGAUGGUGGAAGCACACCCUACAAUGUUCAGGCCAAGCUGAAUUAUAGGUUCAGAGACGGAUCCGAGGACUGGAUUGGGAUAGCCGCCACAACAGUGUCAGCCCAGGACGGCUGGGUAAGGCUAUCCGGCGGACACACCGUGCCUGAUUACAACGACUGGGUGAGCAAUGCCCGGCUGUACGCGGAAGGCCCUCCUGCUGACGUGCGCUUCCUCAUCGAUGACGUGUCCCUCCUGUCGUUCAUGGACGUGACGUCAGACAACUGGUGGCACGAAUCCAACAUCAGGAUCGACCAGCAUCGCAAACGAUACGUCACUCUCAGGGUACAGACUCCAAACGCAGAUGGUAUCAGUGUGGAGAUCACCCAAACCAAAUCCCACUUCGCCUGGGGUUGCGCUGUGAACGCCUGGAUCAUGCCCGAUGACGCCCGGUACAGAGACUUCUUCCUCAGCAACUUCGAGUGGGCAGUCUUCGAGAACAACCUCAAAUGGACACAAAACGAGCCUAACGAAGGCCAGCUUGAGUGGGGCCUUGCAGACCGGACGUUGGAAAUACUGGAGAAUGCUGGCAUUCCCGUUCGUGGACACUGCGUGUUCUGGGGAGUACCGGAGUUUGUACAGGGUUGGCUGCACAACUACUGGGGCGGGGAUCUGGAGCAGAAGUGCUGGAAACGGGUUGAUGAUGUCGUGGGUCGAUAUGCCGGAAGGUUGGUGCACUGGGAUGUAAACAACGAGAUGCUACACGGCGACUUCUACGUGCAGCACACGGGCAGCUCCCAGAUCCGGUACGAGAUGUUCCGGAAGGUGAAGGAAAAGGACCCGAGCGCUAAACUGUUCCUGAACGACUACGACAUCAUCAACUGGUGGGGACAAACUAACAACUAUGCCAACCAGAUUUCUGAGUUCCUUGACAACGGAGCGCCAGUUGAAGGUGUUGGGGCCCAGGGACACUUUAGCAACCGCCCUGACACUCCAAAUGUCCUGCACCGUCUUAACGUCAUUUCCUCUCGUGGGCUCCCUGUCUGGAUAACCGAACUGGACAUAAACGAGCCUAACGAGUAUGUGAGAGCGGACGGGUACGAGGACGCCAUGCGGGCUGCCUUCAGCCACCCGGCCGUGGAAGGACUUCUGAUCUGGGGGUUCUGGGACCAGGCGCACUGGAGACCAGACGCUGCACUGGUGAACGGCGACCACUUUUCGAUCAAUGAAGCAGGCCGCCGUUGGCAGCGGCUUGUCUUCUCCGACUGGCGCACCAACCUGUCCCUCACGGACGGCAUCGUGACGCCAGAAGGCAAGGAGUUCAUCUUCCGUGGUUUCCAUGGCAACUACGAGGUCACAGUCAAGAACCACGGCCAGGUCGUGGCCACGAAGACGUUCUACUUGUCUCCAGGAGCCGGCGCCCUGACCGUGGAUGUGGACAUGCCGAAUGACAUCAUUGCUGGGAAAUGAUUGAAUGAGAUAGCAUUUCGCAGCUGUCUUUAUCUUUAACGUGAUCAAUGUUGAAUAAAAUAACCAACGCAA